AUGUUUCAUAAUUAUUUUUAUACCAAAUUUUUAAUAAAACCAAUAAAACCUUUAAAAUUGAUAAAUUAUAUACCUCUACGAUCAUAUCAUCAAUAUUAUCUGACAACGAAACUUAAUAAAAAUGUUUCAAUUAUUUUCAAUCAAUUAAAUAAACAAGAUUCUUUAUUUGAUUAUGGUAAAAAUGAAUUUUCUCUCAUUUAUUCAAAAAAUUUUUCUACUGGAAAUGUGAAAAAAGAAAGUAUUAUCACUAGUAAUAAUGAUUUGAAUAAAAUAUAUAGUGAUACUUUAUUAUUACCAAAAACAAAUUUCCCAUUAAGAGCCGAUGCUGCUAAUAGAGAAAUUUUGUUUCGAGAUAGGUGUACUAAAGAUUUAUAUCAAUGGCAGUUAGAAAAUAAUCCAAAAGAAUUAUAUAUCUUACAUGAUGGACCACCGUAUGCUAAUGGAAAUUUACAUAUUGGACAUGCUUUAAAUAAAAUAUUAAAAGACAUUAUAAAUCGAUACAAAGUAUUAAUUGGACAUAAAGUGAAUUAUAUUCCAGGAUGGGAUUGUCACGGUUUGCCAAUUGAAUUAAAAGCACUUACAGAACUAAAAAAUGUAGAUAAUUUUUCAUUAGCACCACUUCAUAUUCGCAAUGUAGCAAGACAAUGUGCAUUAAAUGCAUUAGAGUAUCAAAAGAAAGAAUUUAUUAAUUGGGGAAUAAUGGGAGAUUGGGAAAAUUCUUACAGAACUUUGGAUAAGGAAUAUGAAGUUAAUCAAUUACAAGUAUUUCACGAGAUGUUGAAGAAAGGAUAUAUUUAUAGACAAAAUAAACCCGUAUAUUGGUCUCCUUCCUCAAGAUCGGUUUAUGUAAAGUUUCCUAUGAUUAAUUCAACCCUAGAUUUACCAAUUUUGUCAAGAGAUAAUCUAAAUGUGUUAAUAUGGACAACAACUCCAUGGACUCUUCCUGCAAAUCAGGCAGUUGCAAUAAAUCCAAAUAUGGAAUAUUCAAUUGUCUGUCCAACGAAUGUUGACCACAAUGCAUCGACUAUACAUUAUUAUAUAGUUGCAUCUAAAAGAAUAGAUGUAUUACAAAAAGUUCUUGGCACAGAAUUAAGUAUAAAAUCUACAUUUGAAGGUAAGAAACUCGUCGGGGCAAUCUAUAUGCAUCCAAUAAAUAUGCAACAAUGUAAGAUCAUUGAAGCUUCUCAUGUCACUGAAGAAUCCGGUACAGCACCAGGUCAUGGAAUGGAAGAUUAUGAAACGUGUAAAAAACUAUCUAUUCCAAUAUUUUGUCCAGUUGAUGAGUUUGGAAAUUUUACUCCUGACGUAGGUAAUCCUACAUUUGAGGGUAAAUUUGUAUUAACAAAUGGGACAUCAUCUGUAAUAGAAUAUUUAAGAAGAAAAAACAAUUUAAUUAAAGAAGAAAAUUUUAUACAUAAAUAUCCUUAUGAUUGGAGAACAAAAAAGCCAAUUAUUUUAAGAGCUACUGCUCAAUGGUUUGCUAAUGUCGAAGCCAUUAAACAAAAAGCCAUUGAAUCACUUAAAGAGGUUAAAAUGGUACCUGAAGCUGCACGAUAUCGAUUGGAACAAUUUACUUUAUCACGUAGUGAAUGGUGUAUUUCGCGUCAAAGAUCCUGGGGAGUUCCUAUACCAGUAUUAUACGAAACAGAAACAGAUAUUCCUUUAUUGACAGAUUCUUCUAUAAAACACAUAAUCGAAAUUGUUAAAGAACAUGGAUCAGAUGGGUGGUGGGAAACUGAUGAGAAAGACUUGCUUCAUCCCGAGUAUAAGAACAAUGGUAAAACGUAUAGGAGAGGGAAUGAUACAAUGGAUGUAUGGUUCGACAGCGGAGUCUCUUGGACUUAUCUCUUGAAAAAAUUCAAAAGGGAAGAUUCCAAGGCAAUUGCAGAUCUAUAUGUAGAAGGAAGCGAUCAGCAUCGCGGAUGGUUUCAGUCAUCUUUGUUAACUUCUAUUGCUGUAAAUAAUAAAGCUCCUUACUCAGCUUUGAUUACACAUGGAUUUGUUAUGGAUGAACACGGUCGGAAAAUGUCAAAAUCUAUAGGAAAUGUGGUGGAUCCCAAUAUUAUCAUUAAAGGAGGAAAGAACCUAAAAAAAAACCCAGCAUACGGGGUAGAUGUACUUAGAUUAUGGGUUGCAUCAUCAGAGUACAUUAAAGAUGUUAACAUAGGGAGCAAUGUUAUGAAACAAGUUGGAGAAAACAUUCGGAAAUAUCGUAAUACAGCGAGAUUUAUGUUGGGUAAUUUGUAUAAUUUUAGCUAUGAUAAAUUGGUUGACUAUGAAGAUCUUUAUCCGAUUGAUAAAUAUAUGUUACAUGAAGUUUAUCAUUUUGGAAAUAACGUGAAGACCUUUUAUGACGAUUAUACCUUUAAUAAAGUUGUUCAAACGCUAAAUAAUUUCACAAAUACGACGUUAUCGGCAUUUUAUUUUGAUAUCAUCAAAGACAGAUUAUACGCUGAUUAUUUAACAAGUCAGAGCAGGAAAAAUGUAUUAACCGUUCUUUACCAUAUCUUGAAUGUUUAUACCAUAACAUUAUCACCGAUAGUUCCACAUCUUGCGGAAGAAAUUUAUGAGAAUUAUAAAAUUUUAGGACCCAAGGAAUAUGAUAGUAUUUUCAGAUUAGGAUGGUAUAAUUUGGAUGAAAAAUGGAAUAAUCAAUCUUUACGACAGGAAUGGGAUGUUUUAAAACAAUUAAGGAAUGACGUGAAUCAACUAUUAGAAGUCGUUAGAAAAGACAAGUAA